AAAACUAGAGUUAAAUAAUUAAAAUGAAACAAACCAAAAUUUUAUGACCAAAAUAAAGUUAAAUGUAAACAAUUUACAUUAUCAUCUCUAAUAAAGAAAAAGCAAGAUUUUGGAGAUAAAGUGGGGAAUGGCAAGAAGGCUCUUUGCUUUCUUUAUUUCUUAUCAUCUAAUCCUCAUCAUCUCAACAAUUUCCAGAGCACAACUUGUGCAGCCGGAUAAACAUGUUUCCCUCUUCAUCUUUGGCGAUUCAUUUUUGGAUGCUGGAAACAACAAUUACAUUAAAACAAGAACUAUCGACCAAGCAAACUACCGGCCUUAUGGAGAGACAUACUUCAACUUCCCUACAGGACGUUUCUCCGACAGCCGUUUGAUAUCGGACUUUAUCGUAGCUGAGUAUGCAAAUCUUCCAUUAGUUCCACCUUUUCUACAGCCUAGCCUUGAUCAAUACUUUUUUGGAGCGAUUUUGCAUCGGAUGGGGCAGGUGCUCUGGUUGAAACUUACAAAGGAUAUGAAAUUUACAAGACUGCAGGUCAAAAGUCGGCGUUCAUUAAUUUACCACCAUUAGGAUGCCUUCCUUCCAUGAGAUUAAUGAGAGCAAAAGAUGAUGGGUAGAUGUUUCUAAGAAGCUUCUUUGCUAAUAUCAUUACAUAACCAAGCUCUCUCUAACCUCCUUUUUUGAAAUGGCAACGCGAUAGUAUGGAUUUAAAUAUGCACUGUUUGAUUUGGUAUGUUAAUACAAUCUGGUAUUUCGAACUCUUCUUUUCAUUGAUGUAGGUAAUAUUUGGACUGUGGCCCUUA